AUGGUAAAUCAAACAGCUGUGACUGAAUUCAUCCUUCAAGGUUUCUCUGACAUGCGAGAGCUACAGAUGUUACAUUUUAUGGUGUUUCUCUCCCUCUACUUAACAACACUGAUGGGAAAUUUUCUCAUAGUCAUAACAGUGGCCCUGGUUCAUCAACUUCACAUUCCCAUGUAUUUUUUCCUGGCUAUCUUGUCAUUGGUAGAUGCCUGCUUCAUCUCUUCCACUGUUCCCAAAUCCAUGGCCAAUUCCUUGAUAAAUGAUAACCGAAUUUCUUUCUGGGGAUGUGUCACUCAACUUUUCUUUGUUGUUGCAUGCACUACAGCAGAAGUUUCCCUGCUCACUGUCAUGGCUUAUGACCGCUAUGUAGCAAUCUGCCACCCUCUGCAGUACCUGCUGAUCAUGAACUGGCAUGCCUGCUUCCAAAUGGCAGCUGCUGCACUGGUCUUGAGUGUAAUCAAUGGAAUAGUGCAAACAGCAAACACAUUUAGGCUGCACUUCUGCUGGUCCAAUGUCGUUGAACAAUAUUUCUGUGAUAUCCCUCAGCUGUUAAGGAUUUCUUGCACGGAUACCAAGUUCAAUGAGAUCUUCACUUUUGUCUGUGUUCUUGUUGUGGGUUUAUUCUGCUCUGUGUUCAUUUUGGUUUCCUACGGCUACAUCUUCUCUACUGUGUUCAAGAUUCAGUCAGACCGGGGGAAGUAUAAAGCUUUCUCCACCUGCAUCCCACACCUGACAAUGUUUUCUCUGUUCGUCUUUACGGUCAUGUUUACUUACAUGAGACCACAGGAGAUGCUGUCUCCAUCUGUGGACUUGUUAGCUGCUGUUUUGUAUGCAGUUUUGCCACCACUCAUGAAUCCCAUCAUUUAUAGCCUGAGGAACAAAGACAUCCAAGUGGCGCUGAGGAAGAGAAAAGGUUUAAACAUGACAUGA